CAUGCAUUGCACCACACACCUGCAUGCUGGGCCACACUUCGUUACUCGCAGACCCUAUUUUCCCGCCUGCUCUCUGUUUGUUUCCUUCUGUACUAAGAGCCUUGAUCAAUGGCUGCUUACUCACGAGCAAUGCCAUGACGCCUCUCCUAUGCAUCGUUGGCCGAAUGGGCAUUAAACUUUAAAAUGUGACAGCAGUUGACCUCUGAAGCUUGCAGGAUAGCUCUCAUGACCGAAACUCUCUAGGUUUGCUCGCUGAUCCAAUCAGAUCCUAGGCGAGAAUGUGUUCCUGACGCACACUCGACGUCGCGGCACGCAGUCCCCUCUGCCAGCCCGCCAUGGCGAGCAGCGGCAGCAGCGACGGUGCGGAUGGCGGCGAGGGAGCGACGUGGCCGCAAGUGGUGCUGACGCGGCACGGCGUGUGGUUGGAGACGGCCUUCCCCGACUCCUCCGUGGGCAUUGGCGUGAACAGCGGCGUGCCCGGCGGCGCCGCUCUGCGCAGCGGGUCUCGCGGCUAUGCGCGACGACGGGAGAGCGGCGAUCCGGUGCCGCGCCACGUGGUGGAGGAAACGAAGCGGCAGUUGCGGCCGCUGCUGAACGCACUGAGAUUCGUGGAGUCGAGCAACAGGGUGAAUUGCCCCGACGGCGACAACGGGCAAAGCAUCGGGCCGCUGCAGAUAUCGGAGGAGUACCACCGCGACGCGUGGGGCCCGCUCACCGGGCCGUGGUCGCAAUGCAGGCAGCUAGCGCACGCGGAGGACACGGUGGUGUGGUACUGGAUGCGCUACUGCCCCCACGCCAUCCGCACGCGCGACUGGGAGCUCCUCGCCAAGGCGCACAACGGCGGGCCCCGUGGGACGCGCUACAGCAAGACGCAGCGGUACUGGGGGAAGGUGCGGCGCCACCUGCAGCACCAGCAGCCGCUGCUCAUCCCCCCUUCCGCCACCACCAUUCCCCCCCAACGCCCCGCGCACCUUGCGCCCUCCGCGCUCGCUGCGCCUGCAUUACGAGGUACGUGCGCGCGCUGCCCCUGCAGUCCGAGGCAUGUGCCGUGCGGUGUUGCGCCAGGGGGGCAAGAGCGGCAACCGAUGGGUGCCCGCUCCUCUCCCUCUGCGCUGGGUGUGGCGCGCAUAGAAUGCGCUUUUGAGUCGACUCAAAAGCAGAAUGCCGUGUGGCGGGUGAGUGCAGCACGCGUGCAUGCCGCCAUAGGCGGCGCACGAAUGCUCAUCGCCGCCCAUCUUGCCGCCUUGUUCUGCCUCGUGCCUGCAGAUCCCGCCCUGUGUGGUAACCAGUCCGUGGUUACAUGGUGCGCCGUGGAGCAGCGGAGGCGGUGGGCGCAGGGGGGAGUGCAGGGCGGGGGAGGGGAGUGGGCGCUGGGGGCGGACGAGCGGGGGAGGAUGGUGAUAAUGGCGGAGGGGGAGAGGGAGGAGGCGGGGGAGAAAUGUGUAGGGAGCAGCAGGGGGGAGGGCGAGGAGCGGGUUGAGAAGGGCGGGAGGGGGGAUGGCGAGGAGAGACGUACGGAGGGGGCAAGGCAGCAGGCGGCGCAUCAGCAGCAUGGGGAGCAGAUGGAGGGGAGGCGGCAGCGCGCGCAGCACCGCUUGCACCACGUGCAGCACAGCAACCGGCCCGGCAGACGCAGGCCCAGGAGGGCGGUGCUGCCUGUGCGCCUGCUCUCUCCCACCUCCUCACUGCACCGCACUGCACCACUCUCCCUCAUCCCCUUCGCCUCUGCCACAUCAGCAGCCAUCGCCGCCGCCUCGUUGGUCUACCGCCCUGCCUCCCCUCCCUCCUCCGCCCCCUAUCUACUCGCCCCUCCAUCUCUUUUCUUCCCCGCCCACCACCCGUCCUCUAAUUCCGCCCUCUCCUUCCCCGCCUCCUCCCCUCGCUUCCCGUCCUCCCCCCCGCCCUUCCCUUCUCCUCCUCCUCUCGUCCCCUCACUAUCAUCCGCCACUUCACCAGCGCAAGCAGCAGCUCCAGCAUCACCAGCAGCAGCAGCGGUGGCAGCAGCAGCAGCAGCAGCGGCGGCUGCAUCUCGUGCGCGCGAGUCGCCAUGCCCCCUUCUCCUCGCGGACUUCCCUCCUCUUCCCUGCCCGCCCUCCCCCUCGCGCGCCACUGCGCAAGGGACUGAAGCAGCAGGGGUUGGCGCAGGGCGUGGGGAGGCGAAUCCCGAGGCAGACGCGGUGGAUGUUGAGCUGCUGCGCGCGCUGAUGGGGGGAGGUGCGGGCGAUGCAGGGGAUGGGGGGGAUGGGGGGGAGUUGGGGGAGAGGCGGACUGGCUGUGCUCUUGAUUUGCGGUUGCAUGUGGAGCAAGGGGAGGAGAGGGAGGAUGGGGAGGAGAGGGAGGAAGGGGAGGAGAGGGAGGAAGGGGAGGAGAGGGAGGGGCGAGUGCAAGAGGUGGACUUAGAGGCACUUGCAGAGAAGGGGGAGGAGAGUGAAGCGGAGGAUGAGGGGAAUGAAGCGGAGGAUGAGGGGAGUGAAGCGGAGGAUGAGGGGAGUGAAGCGGAGGAUGAGGGGAGUGAAGGGGGGCGGGAGGAGGGCAGUGAAGGGGAAGGCGAGGUGUGGCAGCAGCUGGUGGCGCUGAUGGGCGGAGGGGGAGGGCAGGGGGGGGAGGAGGGGGUGGGGUGGGGAGCAGAGGAGUGCAGUAGGGCGGGAUUGCUGGAAGGGGAAGAGGGAGGAGAGGAAGGGGAAGAGGGAGGAGAGGAAGGGGGCACCGGCGAGUGUGAGGGGGGGGAAGUGGUGGCGUGCCUGGCUUUGCAAUCGGAGGCAGUGGAUGCGGUGCAGAGCGGUGCAGUGGUAGUGACGCAGAGUGGCGGUGGAGGGGAGGGUGGAGUGGAGGCAGGUAGGGAAAGGGUAGAAGCAGCAGCGGAGGGGGAAGGGAAGGGGAAGGCUGCAGUGGGGGGAGAGGAGCAGGAGGAGCAGGGGGAGCAGGAGGAACAGGGGGAGUGGGAGGAGCAGGGGGCGCAGGAGGGGGCGCAUGGCAGCAUGUCGUAUGCGGAGAUGGCGCAGUGGAUCCUGGCGCACAGCAUGGACGCCAUCUGGGAGGCGGACGACGAGGGCGCGGGCGAGGGGGGGGAAGAGGGCGAGGGGGAGGAGGAGGGGGAGGGGGAGGUGGGGGAAGAGGAGGUGAGGGGAGAAGCAGAAGAGGUGGCAGCAGGCAAGGAAGUGAUGGUGGGUAGGGAGAGCGCAGGAGAGGCAGCAGAGGUGGCAGCAGGGGAGGGAUGUGAGGCCGCCACAGCAGACACUGACGAGGAGAGGUGCGGGGCAGGGGAGGAGGGGGAAGAGAGGGCGAGGGAGGGGGGAGGGGGGGAGUGGAGUGGAGGAGGGAUAGCAGGAGGGGCCGAACCAGCUCAUGGAAGAACCCUUCUGUUGACCCCACCGAUUAGCCAGACCACCUGCCACGUGGACAGUGCGCCUGAUGCUGAGCUGGCAGGUGAUGCUGAGCUGGCAUGUCCUGCUGAGCUGGCGCCUGUGAGUGGCAGCACGGGCAGGAAGGGUGGUUUAUUCGGCAGUGUGGUGUGGGAGGUGGUGGGCGGCUGGGACGAGGGGGAAAGUGGGGCGAUUUUGGUGUCGGCUCAAGGGAAGGGGCAGAGCCAGGUGGGCAUGCCCGUGCUCUGUGACCCACAGGCAAGGGAUGAUGGUGGUGAUGGUGAUGGUGGUGAGUGGCAAGUUAGGACGAGGGCGGAGAGGAGCAGCGGAGAGGGCGUGGAGCAGUGUGCUCUCAUUCAGCACCCUGCUGCCGGCCACGGCACCUCAUCCGCGCCUCACACCCCCUCCUGCACUCCCUGCAUCCCCCUCUCCCUCCGCCUCUCCCUCAACCCCACCCCUCUCCCUCUCUCCAUCUCCCCCUCCUCUCCCCUCCCCCUGCAGCCCCUCUCCCCCUCCCCCGCUGUUCCCCUGCCCCUCCCGCCCGACCCCCUGGCCUCGGCGGUGCUGCAGCUGUGCUCGCUGUGGUCGCACCUCCACACUGACCUCCGGGAGCGCGCCCGCUCCUUCCACCGCCUCUCGCUCGCACUCUCCCUCUCGCCUGCGCUCCCCGCCCCCACUGCUGCCACCACUCCUAUUGCCAACGCUGCCGCGAACCACUCACUCACCAGCUGCACCGCUUUGCACCGCACGCACAGCAGCACGGAUAGGUGGUCGGCGGAGGCAGUUCUCCUGGAGGUGGAAAAGCUGCAGCGGCAGUGCGAGGUGGUCACACGGCGCGGCAGGGGGGGGAGGGGGGAUGGCUGUGGGGAGACACUCAUGGCGGAUGGGGAGGUUCAGCUUGAGGAAGCUGCCAGGAAGGAGCACGAGCAGCGGGCGGCUGUGAUGCGGGCGGUGCGGGCGGCGAUGGGGCGGGGGGAGCGGCUGAGGCUGUACGACCAAUGGGGGGUUGACAGGUGGCAGCAGAGCCGGCUGCACACGCUUGUGUUUCAGCGGCUGUGGAAUGAACCCAUGAGGUGUGCAGAGAGUGCAGCGCUGGUCAGCAAGUUCCUCCCCUGAUAUCGCUGGCCCUAAGGGCGGGUUCCCACAGCUCGCGUCAGACUCGACCUUGUGUCAGACUCGCGUCGAAUUGAGUAGCACCACAUAGAAUUGCGAGAUCAUAUCUGUGCACCGCGCAGGACCGUAUGAGUCUGGCGCGAGGUGGUCUGACAAGCGGUGAUAGGAGUUCGCCAUAAGGUAACUCCCAACUUAACCGCGCGCGCUAGGAUGGCUUGUGCCCAGGGGGUCCAGUACCCUGUGCUGGUAGCUCGGUAGGAUGAGGCAAUACUGGAAGAGUAGGCCGGUACCGUAGACGAUUCGGAAGUAAAAUGAGAGUAAGGAAUGUAGGGUUCCAAUUAA